CCAACUCUCCCCUUUCUUCUUCCCAUAUUCACAGUAAUCCACGACAAUGACGACCCUUGGAGGAGAGAUUGUCGGCGUUGUGAACAAGCUCCAGGAUGUCUUUACAUCAAUCGGCUCGACGGGCUCCCAGAUAGAUCUGCCACAAAUAUGUGUCCUGGGUUCUCAGAGUAGUGGAAAGAGUUCCGUCUUGGAGAACAUCGUUGGACGAGAUUUCUUACCCCGUGGCACGGGUAUCGUCACUCGACGACCAUUGGUCCUGCAACUAAUCAACCGACCUGCUGAUACCAAUAAAGUAAACGGCCCAGUAGACAAAUCGGGCGACAAGGCUGCCAACCCCGAUGAAUGGGGUGAAUUCCUCCACCUUCCUAACCAGAAAUUCUACGAUUUCAACAAGAUUCGCGAGGAAAUCAUUCGAGACACCGAAGCAAAGACGGGAAAGAACGCUGGAAUCUCCCCUCAACCUAUCAACUUGCGCAUCUUCUCGCCCAAUGUCCUCACCCUCACCCUCGUCGAUUUGCCCGGUUUGACAAAGGUUCCUGUUGGUGAUCAGCCAAAGGAUAUUGAGAGGCAGAUUAGGGAUAUGUUGUUGAAGUACAUCUCGAAGCCGUCGUGUAUUAUCCUGGCGGUGACCGCUGCUAAUACCGAUUUGGCCAACUCUGAUGGGUUGAAGAUGGCUCGCGAGGUGGAUCCAGAUGGAACGAGGACGAUUGGUGUGUUGACCAAGAUUGACCUUAUGGACAAGGGUACCGAUGUCGUUGACAUUCUCGCUGGUCGAAUCAUCCCCCUGCGACUCGGUUAUGUCCCUGUGGUCAACCGUGGCCAACAUGAUAUUGAAUCCAACAAGCCCAUCAACGCUGCCCUAGAAGCAGAACGAGACUUCUUCGAGAACCACCCCUCCUACAAGAGCAAGGCACAGUUCUGUGGAACUCCUUUCCUCGCCCGUAAACUGAACAUGAUCCUCAUGCACCACAUCCGUUCAACCCUCCCUGACAUCAAAGCCCGCAUCGCUGCCAACCAGCAAAAAUACACGGCUGAAUUGGCCAGCCUCGGCGGACCAUUGGGCGACAACUCGGCCAACAUCGUGUUGUCUGUUAUCACUGAGUUCUGUGGCGACUUCCGAACAAUCAUCGACGGUAACACCAACGAUCUUUCGACGAACGAACUUUCCGGUGGUGCUCGCAUCAGCUUUGUGUUCCACGAGUUGUUCAACACCGGUAUCAAGACCAUUGAUCCGUUUGACCAAGUAAAGGAUGGUGACAUUAGAACUCUUCUCUACAACUCUUCGGGUUCAACACCAUCGCUAUUCGUCGCCACUUCCGCCUUUGAAGUCAUCACCAAACAGCAGAUCAAGCGGCUGGAAGAGCCUUCCGUUCGUUGCUGCCAGCUGGUCUAUGACGAACUUAUCCGCAUCCUGGGACAUCUGCUUAGCAAAGUGCAAGCUUUCAAGCGGUUCCCGGCUCUGCGAGAACGCUUCAACGCGGUUGUUGUCAACUUCUUCAAGACUUCCAUGGGUCCUACAGUGAAGCUUGUUACUGACAUGGUUGCCAUGCAAGCAUGCUACAUCAAUACCACCCACCCGGAUUUCAUUGGUGGUCACCGAGCCUUCGCAUUGGUCACAGAUAAACUGAACGCGGCGAAGGGCCAACCUGGACCCAACGAUCCGAAAGCCCAACGUGCCGCGAUCAACAAUAACAAGGAUUUGGACGUGGAAGUGAAGAGAGACGAAGGAUUCUUUGGCUCGUUCUUCUCGAGAUCGUCUUCGUCGAAGAAGAAGGGUGUUGCUGCUAUGGAGGCUCCUCCUCCUUCCAUCCGUCCUCAAGCUGCUUUGAGUGAGCGAGAAACGAUGGAGACUGAAGUCAUCAAAACGCUCAUCCACUCCUACUUCAACGUUGUCAAGCGCGAGAUGAUCGAUAUGGUUCCUAAAGCCGUGAUGUUGACUUUGGUUAACCACUCCAAGGAGAACUUGCAGCAGGAGUUGUUGAAGGAGCUGUACAAGCCUGACGUUCUCGACGACUUGAUGAAGGAGAGCGAGUAUGUUGUCAACAGGAGGAAGGAGGUGAUGAAGAUGGUGGACGCCCUUAACAAGGCUGAGGAGAUUGUUGCUGGCGUAUAA